AUGGCGGGGCAGACGACCGGCAACCAGCCUUUCAACCCAUAUCUUUCCAACGCACAGCAGGAAUUGCUUCUCGCCGCAUUGGCUUCAAACAACACCAAUCGCGACAAACCAAAGCCUUCUAUCGACAUGAAUCCUCUCGACUUUGACGACACUAGCCCUUAUCUUGAGUAUCUGGACGGCGAUACUAGCUUUGAUUUCGACCCUUCCGAUCUUGGCGGUCAACACAUGUUCGACAACUUGGGUAGCAAUGCUAGUCACAAGUCCGACUCGACUGAUGGCGACAAGCCCGACAAGCGCAAGAGUCCGGAAGAGGAUUCGCCAGAAGACGAGGUAGACGCCAAAAGAAGAGAAGGUGAACCGAAGGAAGCCAAGAAGCCUGGCAGAAAACCUCUAACCUCGGAACCUACUACUAAACGCAAGGCUCAGAACAGAGCUGCCCAACGUGCUUUCAGAGAACGUAAAGAAAAGCACCUGAAAGACCUCGAGACCAAGGUAGAGGCUCUUAGCAAAGCUCAAGAACAGGACAAGCAUGAGAAUGGUCUACUCCGUGCUCAGGUCCAGCGCCUGCAGGCCGAACUCGGCGAGUACAAGAAGAGAAUGUCUUUCGCUACUGGAGGCAUUGCCGCACACUCACCCCCUUCAGCUGCUCGCGUCGCAUCGAGAAGCAACAGCAACUCUCAGACCGACUUCCAGUUCGACUUUCCCAAGUUCGGUGCACUUCCCGGCAACCAACUUUUCGGAAACAACAUCCAGUCUAGCCGCGAAAAGAUCGCUAGCCCUUCUACCGUUCCUGCUGCCUCUCUAUCGAGGUCAAACAGCUUGGGUAGAAACCCAAGCCCUGGCACCCAGGUCAGUAACCACCAGAUGAGCUCAGGCCACAACUCCAGAAGUGGCAGCAUGAACAAGGGAACCAACAGUCCUCUUGCUCAAGUAUCAGCUGCUGGCACCGGUUACGGCGACUUGUUCAGCCCGUCUGCUCUUGGAAACGUCAACAAUGACUUCCUCUUGCAAAAUCCUACCAACAACAAUCACGCGUUCGCUCAGUACGCCGACAAUGGUACCGACAGUACUAGUGGUAUCUCGAGAGUCUUCAGAUUCAACAGCGGCUCUGGUUCUGGCUCUGGCUCUGGCACAAACUCUAACCAGUCGCCAUCCGUGCCUUCCCUGACACACUACAACGCCAACUCGUGUAACACAUCUUCCUGCGGGACUUCUCCAGAAUCUGCAAACUCUCCUCCCUCCGAUGUCAACAAGUCUGGCGUCAACGACUUCAACGACAUAUAUUCUCUCAAGCCCGUCACUUCUCAAAAACCAGCUCAGAACGGCGCAAUGACCAACGCCUCAACACCCGGCUUCGACUGGCUUGCUACACAGAACGGUGGUCAAUUCGAUCCUGUUCUCUUUGGUGAUUACCGCGAGAGUCAGGAUGCUAUUGUCGGCGAUGGUGACUUCAAUAGCGGUUUCUUCGAGGCCGCCUUCCCUUAUGAUCUGAACACGUCCUUCCCCGUGACCGACUUCUCCUCACCCAAGACCGCCCAGCAGAACUCGGCUAGCGCAAACUUGCUUGCAGAGGUUGAGAAGUGUCGCGAGGGUGGUGAUGAUGACAUCUACUUGCCAAAACAGGAACCUGCACAGCAAAUCCAGCCGAGCCAGAGUGAGAUGAGCUUGAAGUCAGCCGAGCAGAUGCUUAAUUGCAACACGAUUUGGUCGCAACUGCAAUCCAACCAGGACUUCAAGGAGGGCAAGUUCGAUCUCGACAACCUCUGUGCUGAGCUUCGUGCCAAGGCAAAGUGCUCAGAAUCUGGCGUAACCGUGCCAUCGGAAUAUGUGGAUGCCGCCUUCAAGAAGCUGUCCGGUACCAAUGAACAGCCUCCUCUUGACGCUUAUCAUGCCACACACAACCAGAAGGGCAUUGACUAUCUUUUCAAUCAAUACUCUGUUGACGAAGCACUCAAGAAGUUAGCAGGCCAACGAUGA